GCGGCGUCUGCUACGUCAUAGGUUUUGCUACGCCUUUGAAGUGCUUUGAGCAGUAGUGCGGGAAGGGUGUAUUUUUCUUUUAUGUGUACAGGAGAGCACAUGAAAACAUGAAUUAGCGUAAUUGGGUUAAGGUGACAAAGCAUUACGUUUUCUUGAAGAAAAGGAUGACAGCCAGGCGGAAGUUCCGAUAGCAAAUUAAAUUUGCCGGUUUGUUUACGUUGAAAAAUUUAAGUGUUACUGCUCAUCCGCGUAUGAAUCACAAUGAAAUGUAUAAAAAUGGAUAUGCAGUAUUUAACACAAGAGCAUUUGCAAGGAUUCGAGACAUACAAGUACAGUGCUUUGGAUACAAGCCCACUGAGUAUCUAUGUGAUGCAUCCAUUCUGGAAUCGUGUUGUAGAGUUUUGCCCAAAAUGGAUUGCCCCGAAUGUUCUGACAUUUGCUGGUUUCUUGUUUACUGUAUUUAAUUUCAUUCUGUUUUCUUAUUACGACUAUGAAUUUUAUGCAUCAAGUGAUGAUCACCCAGAAGUUGCUCCCAUACCAAGAUGGCUUUGGGCAGCUGCAGCCAUUAACAUUUUUUUAGCCUAUACUUUGGAUGGAAUUGAUGGCAAGCAAGCACGACGCACUCAAACAAGUGGACCACUCGGAGAACUGUUUGACCACGGUCUUGAUUCUUGGAGUGCAGUUCUCAUACCAACAUGCAUGUACUCAAUUUUUGGUCGCACAACGUACAGCAUUUCUACACUACGAAUGUAUUAUUGUCUAUGGAAUGUCUUUGUAAAUUUUCAUCUUUCGCACUGGGAGAAGUACAACACUGGAGUUCUGUUCCUUCCAUGGGGAUAUGAUGCUUCUAUGCUGGUAGCUAUUGUAAUAUUUAUGAUAACGUCUAUAUUUGGCCAUGAGCUAUGGAACUUCAAUCUCCCUUAUAACAUCUCAGCAGGUCAGACUUUUGAAGUGACAUUCUACAUUUCUGCUCUUGUUUCAAAUUUUCCUGUUUGUCUGUGGAACGUCUACAAGUCGUACAGAGAUGGAACAGGAAAGAUGAGACCAUUUACUGAAGCUGUUCGCCCUUUAGUGCCUGUUCUUUAUUUCCUAACACUGUGCACGCUGUGGGUGUUAAAAUCGCCUGGUGACAUUAUUAACACUGACCCACGCAGUGUAUAUUUAGUCACUGGGACCAUUUUCUCUAAUAUAUGUUGUCGGCUGAUUGUAGCUCAGAUGUCCUCAACAAGAUGUGAAAUAUUCAACUGGCUAUUGCUGCCGGCAUCAGCAGUUGUAGCACUGACUUUGGUGCUGCCUGUCCCAUUGAAUGUAGAAUUAGGUUUGGUGUACUCUCUCACCGUGCUUGCUACAUGUGCACAUAUCCAUUACGGAACCUGUGUGGUUCGCCAGAUGUGCAGGCACUUCAGGAUCAACUGUUUCCAGAUAAAGCAGCACAGUCAAUGACUAUUAGCCGACAACACGUGUUAAAUAUAUUUAAACCGAGAUGAAAAUGGGGAAAUUCUUGCUUAAAAAGAUUUUCACAGUGAAGCAAUUAGCAAUUCACUGUUUUGAAAAUAGGAUUACAAUGACAGCAGGAGGAUGAUUAAGAUAUGAGCCAAGACCAGAGUUGUUGGUGCCAUGAGACAUACAACAAAAGUAAUUUCAUUGCAAUGCAUUCAUUAUUUGUUCAAAAGUGUGACAAUACCAUAUGUCAGCCUUGCCAGCACAUAUAUUCUAAAAAAUAUGUAAACUGGAUGAUAGCUUAAUUGAUACAUAGCCACUUAUAAGGCAGUCUUAUUUUUCUGCAUUUUAAGGAGAACUGUAGAGUGUAAAGACAAAGUGGUAGGCGCAGUGACAAACCCACAGAUCAAUGUUUGUACAUUCCUUAUUUAUGAACAGAAUCAAUAGUUUACUGCAGUUAGGUUAUUAAUAAACAGUUGCAUUAAUGCUUCAUUUACCUUUUUGUUUUGUUGGUUUUAGUUAAGGUUCUCAGCUAUAAUUAUGUGAAGCCAAAUUGGAAUAUUUACCAUGGAGAGUUUUCUUUGCUGCCUCACUGGAGGAUAGAUGGCACAUCAGUAACCCACUGAUUUUGCAACACUUGCUGCUUUUGAAUCUUUGUAUAAGGUAGCUGUGGUGCCCAGUAAUUUUUUUGAAAAGAAUUCAUUGCUAGCCAAAGAAAGGCAUGAAAUGGUAAAACAAGUCAAUUGAACUAAAAAAAUCUUACCUUUUCUAGGAUCAUGUUAUUCUCCAUUGCUUACUUGGAAACAUACAUUUUUGUUAAUUUCUUGGAUUAUAAUUAAGAGGUGGCUGAGCAAGUGCAGGAAGACCAAGUUUAUUUUGUGUAUGCACAUUACUGUCAAGAUUGUCAUUACUAUCUCAAUUAUGUGUACAAGACUGAUUGAUAGAAACUUCUGGAAAGAGAGAGUAAAUUCCGUUCUCUCACAUUUUGUGAAAAAUAUUUUAUCCUUACAGAUCUCGUUUUCGGGCUCAGGGUUUGCAAUAUAGCUUUGAAUAAUUUAUAAUGUAGGUUCAAUGAAACAUACAAAUCUGAUACACUGUGCACACAAAUCAGUCAUGAAAUUAAUUUGAUGGAGGAAAAAGGGAGCAGAGAGAUAUUUCUGUGAUUCAGGAAGUCAUUGCUUCUUUUAACAGAAGAAUAACCUCUUUAUAUUUUUUCACUUGACUCCAGCAGUUGUUUUGCAUGCUGUUAGUUAUGGCAUUUUUGUCUUCAGUUUUAAAUUUUUUUUUUUUUUAAUCAAGCUGGAUUUUGGUCCCAUCUUUGCAGAAAAAGGUUGUCAUAUUUUAUUAGAUUAUAUAUUUCUGCUAAUACACAUUUUCCACUGCUGGGAAUACCUGAAAUAAUAACCUGUAAUGUAAUAUUGGAAUUGAGCAGGUAGGCAAUGGACAUAAUCAUCAGCUCAUGUAAAAACUUCUGAAGCUGACUGCAAGAAUUAAACAGUGGAGUCCUCUGUGCCCAUGCAUUUGUUGGGAAGGUGAAUGGGGUAGAAAAUAUUCUGCCAUAUUAAUUUAUCUAAAGUAUUAUCUUUAUUUGUAACAGAAUAUCAGGGUGUUACUUUCUAUAGUAUUUUUUCAGUGUUAAUAGGAACACAGCUUGCUAAUUUUUAGCUCGUGAUAUAUGCCUGUGAUUGAUGUUUGGGUUUAUAGUUGUGUAGACAUUAUUUAUAGAAAGCAAUUUUACAGUGCAUUUCAGUUGUAGGUUGUAAUUACACUACAUGUUGUCAUUUAUACGAUGAGCAUUUAUGGGCAUUUGUAAUUUAUUUUCGGUGCUGUCCUUUUGUUUCAUGUGCAUAUUGCUUUUUACAUUUAAAUUGAAGUUGUUCCUCAUGGUUAUAAAAGUCGUAAUGAUUCAGGCUCAUAUUUUAAUCAUCCAGUGGUAGUAAAUAAAAAUUCUGUACUGUAGGUGGUGGGUAAAAUUCACAUAAACUAAAGGGAAACAAAUUUCAGAUCACUUUGCCUUCAUGACACAUGUAAAUGACUUCCCUGGCUUCUCUCUCUCUCUCUCUCUCUCUCUCUCUCUCUCUCUCUCACACACACACACACACUCACUCACUCACUCACUCACUCACAUAAAUGUCUGAUGCACAGUUAUUAAAGUACUUUGUACGUUAAAGGUCUAUAGCAUCACCAACUACAAUGUUCUUCUCCACCUAUAAUCACAAGUAGUUCAGAAAUAAAUCUUCACAGAACCAAAACAGCAGUUUCUCAGUGAUAUUUGCACUUCUUCAUAACCUUUUUGAUAAUGGUAUUCCUAAGUCCUAUCAGGGAUCUUUAAUGCAGGUAAAUGACAUUUUCUAUCCCAUAUGAAGUAACAUAUAAUUCGCGAAGGAUUACUAACAAUUAAAUAUUGCUAAGUUUGAACUUCAUUUUAAAAUCAAAUGACCAAUUUUUCUCCACUCAUCCUUGAGCGGCAUUUCGCAUGUAUAGAAACCUAAAAAGAGUGAUCUAGUCAGCCCCUUAUAUUGAUUACUGUAAAUCAUGUCAUGCAUGGCUGUUUAUUGAUCAGUUAGAAUACAUAAAUGCCCACCGAUCUCUCAUUUAAUAAAGAACACACAUUUUGCAACUGUGAGUUUCUGACAGAUAGUUGGGAUCUAAGUACAAAAAAGAGCCAAAUGAUGCCCAAGUGGCAUUUUAUUAUUUUUUGAGAAUUGACUAAUAAGUUCUCUCGGUUUCAUAACACGUGUUGUCCCUCGGAAAAUCUGUUGAGUGGUCCUGAAAUGUAUGCAGGUUACCUAUUUUGUAAUUUUUGUUGUUUGAUUGUCCUUUUGUAAACUGUUUGUGCUUUGUUUUAUGUGAAUAUUGUUUAAUUAUAAAUAUUUGUGUGAUUAAGUAGUUUCUGACCUGUAUACAUAUUUUUAGUGAUGAUUAACUAGCAAACUGUACUUUAGAAUGUAAAUUCUAGGUAAAAUGAUUUGUCACUAUUUAUUUUUAUGCAGUAAUGCAUAUGCAUUGUUAUCUGGAUUUUAUGUCCUCUCAUGAGACGAAACUGACAAAAAAAUUGUAACUAUGUAUUUUACACAGCA